AUGUUUGCACAGGCGUACCAGUCAGGCUUCAUCUCACUGCUCUACAGCAUCGGCCCUCGACCACUGCAGCUCUGCGAGAAGCACGAGGAAGUGCCUGGAAGUAUCCGACGAGUGUUGGACGAGGAGGUGCAGUCGUCCGUAGUAGAGCUUUCAGCCGACAACCUCGUCAACACUUGGCUGCGGUUUCCUUCUGGGGUAGAAGAGCAGCAGGAGCAAGAAUUGAUGACAUGCAGGACGUCGUUGCAUAUACGACUGCGACAUUUAGUAAUGGUGCUUAAGAAUCUCGGGCAGCACGUUUCAUUGGAAGUGCAUGUGGCCGACAACCACGCCACGAGAAGGCGGCUCCGCUUCUCCACGUUUCAGAAGAAGACUGUUGUGCAUCCUCAGAUUGCCCUGCUUCCUUUGCACUUGGACGUAAGGUGGAAUCAACUUCACCUCGACCUGGCUAACCUCGUGCUCACUUGCUACGACGUACAUUAUGUCCACGCUAUCAGUGUGCAGCUACAUGCGAGCUGUCGAGUGCGCCGAAUCUACUUUGCAGAGCAAAUGUUUUCUGAAGCGGAGCUACCAGCGGAGUUUCGUCUGUUCAAGCGACUUAGUAAACAACAGACGCAGGAGUUUCAUGAUCAGGAAUGCAGCCAAGCGAAGUAG